AUGUUGAUGAGUGGGGAGCAGUUAUCAAAAGAUAAACCGAAGCUUUUGAACUAUAAAGAUAGCAGAUAGAAUAGUAGAGAGUAGCUCAGAAAUAAAAUUAUGGGUAUUAAAUCAUCAAAAUAUCAUCAUAUAUUUAGGCUUAUACUUGAUAAAGAGUUGCAAAAUAAUGAAGAAAGGAAAAAAAUGGUUAGUUAUGAGAAAAUAGAAGAAAAAGAACAGCUUUUAAGGAAUCAGGAAGAGAGACUGAGAUAAGAGGAACUCUAAAGAGAAAUGGAGAGAUAGAGAAGGAUGCAAGUUGGAGAUGCCUAGAAGCUAGCCAUUGCCUAAAGAUAAAAAGAAUAAUAAAGGAUAAAGAAUCAAGAAAUCUUAUUUGAAUAAGAACGAAUCUAAAACUUAAUGCUGGUUUAGGAUAGAGAGUCAUAAUUAGAAGCAGAAAAGAAACGCAUGAUAAGGGAAUCGAUGUCUCAAAAUAUCGAUCAAUCUAGGAGAGUCAAACUUCUAAAUGAGGAAAACUAAAAAUAGAUAACUUAGAUGUAAGAUGUUUCCCAAGGAAUGGCGUCGCUGCAAAUUAAUGAUAACUACAAAAAUCAAGUUUAAGAGAGAAUGAGGUUAUUUGAAGAGAAUCAGAGAAGAAUAGCACAAACUUACAAUAAAAUGGUUGCAAAUAGAUAGUCAGAAAAAUAAUCAAAUGAAAUUAUAAGAUAGAUGAAGGAUUAAGAGGAGUUAGAGAGAAAGGCUUAAAUGGUAGAAAGUCAGUAGCAGAUGAACAAAAUGGCUGCUAAAAACUUUAAUAGCUAAUAAUUGUAAAUGCAGCUCAAUUAAAAGAGCAGACUAAAUGGUUUAUCUGAUAAGGAAUAUCAAGCCUUGGAAAUUUAGAAAAAGAUGGACUUAGCUAAAAAGGCUGAGGAAGAUGAAAUUAAUAAGCGUAAAUUGUAGCAAUUAGAGUAUAAGCAGAUGCUUGACUAACAGAAUCAGCUCAGAAGUAAGAUGAGAUAACACGGAAAUAUGUCAGGAGUGGAAAAGUAAAUGAAUAAGGAGGACUUGAUUGCUUGGAAGAAUUAUGAUAAUAAUUAGUAUUCGCUUAUUCCAGGUAUAUCAGUAAACAAAAAGGUCAUGGAGAGAGAACCGAAAGGUCCAGGUAUCAAUGGCAGUUAAUCACUAGGAAACCUCAGCAAAUCAAUAGACAAUGAAAGGUUUUAGCAAAGAUAAGAAAUGAUGAAAUAAUAUGGCUAUACUAGAGAUAUCAAGGACGUUUACGGUAUAAUGUCACAGCCUAAUCUUCAAGAUUCUAUUGUUGACAACAGCACAUAAAUGACACUCAACCAAAAUGGAGAUACUCUAAAUAGUAUUUCAAAAUUAGACCAAUAUCAAUCUAUAUCCUUACUUCAAAGUAAUAAUGAUGCCUAUAGAGAAUCAAGACAGCAAAGCAGAUUCUAACCCUUAAACAAAUCAGUCGAUAUUUCAGGAAGAUAGAAUUUAAACUAUAGCUUAGAAUAGAUUAAUUUAAGCAAUAAUAAUAAUGAUAACUUCUAAGGAGUACAGCUCUAGCCUAAGAAUUAAGAUUAUGAUUAUAAUGAUGCAUACUUGUCCAAGUCACCAAUCAUUGGAAACAUGAAAGCUAAAGCAUCUUAUUCAAAUAACAUAUUUCCACAGACCGAUUAGAUCGACUAAUAAUACAUGGAAAGACAAAGAAAAGGGAAUAGUAAUGGAAAAUUAUAUAAUGAUAACAACAUGACUGCUGCUGGUGUGAGAAUUUCUUAGAAUGGCUCAAUGAUAAACCCUGGAUCCUAAUCAUCAGGAAGAUAAGCAAGAGAUCGCUCGUUGAUUGCAGCAGGAAAUAGUAUAUUCUAAUGA